UGAAGGCUCUGAAGCUGUAUUACAUGGACAAUGAAGGGAGCCUUUUCAUCAGCCGUGUGACCACUGAUAUGCGACGGGCAGUUAGACGGGUCACCCAAUACCUCACUGCGGCUCACGGGCUUGAAGCGAAUCAGCUGCACCUGCCCGAGAUGCGAUUCGGCAUGUACGAGUGGUUCAAGGUUAUCGCCAUCAAGAAUCCCACGCCACUAGCCCAGAUCUUCAGGCCCGGCGGCUUUAACACGUUAGUCGAACUGCUCCGCCACGUCGUGGGUGCUGGCCGGCACACACUCGCAGCGUUGCUGUCGUCCAAGUUUUCGCCUCUUUACCGGUUCCGUUCGCAGCAAAAGGCCGAAGCCUUCGUCGCUUCCAUAGAGAACGCCCGCGACCGGUUCGAGGAGACGCUGGGUGACGACGGAGUUCUAGUCCUGCCGGCAGCCACGAGUGCCGCACCGUUUCAGAAUCAGGAAUUUCUAUUUCCUGAUUCAACAGGCAUGACGGCUUUGUUCAAUUUGUUCAAGGUGCCCGCAACAGUGUGCCCUGUAAUGCUAUCAUGGAACAAUUUGCCCUUGUGCGUCCAGGUGGUCGCGAAGAGGGGAAAUGACCGGAUAUGCCUGGCUGUUGCCAGAGAAAUCGAGAAGCACUUUGGUGGGUGCUUUGAUCCUUCGACGAAACUUCAAAGAGGGUUGUGAUGACCUCGUAAAGGACAAUUCUUUAUAGUUGUCCUUCCUGGCGAGAGUUUCUUAAGUGCAUAAGAUUUGCAACAAUCCUGGGCCCGUAUUCACAGAAACGUCUUACGCUGAAAAUAUUCGUAAUAGAAUACUCCAGCCAAUCCUUAUGCUGGACAUAGCAUUAGAGAUCCGGUUUGCCAAUGAAAAAAAAAAACACUUACGAAGGAGAAAGGUUAGUGAAACCGGCCCCCGUUCUUAGGAAGAGCGCCUAGGGUGCAAUAUCUUUCAUGGAGGCUGUUGCAAUUUUUUAUCCUUGCGAGUGAGAAUGCAUGCGAAAGAAAACUGUAGUAAUUUUCAUAA